AUGAAGCACGGAUUGAGAACCUUGUGCCUUUUAAUCUACAUUUCUACCGGGAUCACGGUGAUCGUUGAAUCGAUCGAGGAGUCGCCAAUUUCGACGAACGAGGGAGGAGAUCGUCUGCCGAACUUCGACGACGAGGGUUUCGCCUCGUGCCUGGCUGGGAAACGGCAUGCCACGUUCGAAUGCGUGAAUCGAGGCGCCCUGUCCGCCCUUCGAUCGAUCGAUCGAAAGGACGAUCUGGAUUUUGGCGACGUGCACUUGGAGAGAGCGGGCGGCCACGGUAGAGAAGCUUUGGAUUGGGAUUACGAUCCAAAGGAUUUCGGGAACGUAGCGAAGGCGGCUAUCGAACUGAUGGAACGACGAAGCCUCAGAUGGAGUCUGGACAACGUGUAUCCCGGGCUGGAAUUGAGAGCCGGCCCGACGUUGAACGGGAACGGGAUACUGGAGUUCGUCGUUAAUGAAAAAUCGACGGUUUUCGGGGACAGGCAAACUUUGGGCCCAGGAAGGCAAAUGAUGAGACACCUGUUGAUACCAUUCCUGCUAGGUUUUAAGUUCAACCUGGCCUCCCUGAUCCCCCUCAUGUUCGGCUUUUUGCUACUGCUCACGAAGAAGGCUCUGCUGUUGACGAAGGUGGCGCUGGUGAUCACCGGCCUGCUCGGUUGGAAUUCCUUCCUAUCCACCACGUAUCCCACGAGCGGGAUUCAUCACUCUUACGAGGCGCUUCCACCGCAGUACUAUUACAAUUUCCACCACAGACCACCGUACAGGGAAUUCCAGGGCAACGACUUCGAGCCACCGUACAGCCAACACGUGAUCAGAGAGGUCGUCGACGUUUACGACAACGCGGAGCAGGGCGUUGGCAAGAGGAAGCAGCGGAACGGGAAGAAUUUCGUUUGGGUGAAGAGUAGUUGA